CUCUACUGCAACUCCAUCAUCUCACCAUUCAUCCAAACACAACUCUAGCUUCCUUCCUCUGCUUCUGUGCUUCUCAUUUCCCCAUCCGCCGUUCGCUGCUUCCCUCCUCCAUUCACCUACAGUAACUCGCCGCCGCCACAAUGGAGGGGACUCGCCGGCGAUCGACCAAAUCCAUUCAUGAUCACAAAUUAGUUGAUCACGACGAAAGCAGUGCAGUGAUUGGCCCAAAAGCAUCCGAUGCAUUACCCCUUCCUUUAUAUAUAACCAAUGCUCUCUUCUUCACCGUAUUCUUUUCCGUUGUUUAUUUCUUGCUUACUCGCUGGCGUGAGAAGAUUCGCAAUUCCACUCCUCUUCAUCUUCUCACUCUCUCUGAAAUCGCUUCUAUUUUUGCCUUUAUUACAUCUUUCAUUUAUAUGCUUGGUUUCUUCGGCAUCGACUUCGUUCAGUCCCUUAUUCUCCGUCCUUCUCCUGAUGUCUGGGCUGCCCACGAUGACGAGGAAGAUGAAGAAGAUCUUCUCAAAGAAGAUGCCUGUAUAGUUCCCUGCGGACAGGCUCUUGAUUGCACUGCACCACCACCGCAAAAACUCACUGUGGACCCGAUUGUUGUUGUGCCUUCUCCUCCGCUCAAGCCCAAGGCGGUCGAUGAAGUCCCAUUUCCAACCACUUUAACUGAAGAAGAUGAAGAAAUUAUCAACUCCGUGGUGGCUGGAAAAACUCCAUCUUAUUCACUCGAGUCUAAAUUGGGGGAUUGCAAGCGUGCUGCGGCAAUAAGGCGUGAGGCUUUGCAGAGGAUUACUUCCAAGUCUUUGUCAGGGUUACCCCUGGAGGGUUUUGAUUACGAGUCGAUUUUGGGGCAGUGCUGUGAGAUGCCAGUUGGGUACGUGCAGAUUCCUGUAGGGAUUGCUGGGCCUUUGUUGCUUGAUGGGAAGGAGUACUCUGUUCCAAUGGCUACAACUGAAGGGUGCUUGGUGGCUAGUACGAAUAGGGGUUGUAAGGCAAUUCAUGUGUGUGGUGGUGCUACAAGUGUUUUGUUGAGGGAUGCCAUGACAAGAGCACCUGUUGUGAGGUUUGGAACUGCUAAAAGAGCUGCUCAAUUGAAGCUAUACUUGGAGGAUCCUGCUAAUUUUGAGGCUGUGUCCACGGCUUUUAACAAGUCUAGCAGAUUUGGCAGGCUUCAGAAUAUUAAGUGUGCUCUCGCUGGAAAGAAUCUUUACAUGAGAUUCUCCUGCAGCACUGGUGAUGCUAUGGGCAUGAACAUGGUUUCUAAAGGUGUUCAGAAUGUCUUGGACUUUGUCCAGAAUGAUUUCCCUGAUAUGGAUGUUCUUGGCAUCUCUGGAAACUACUGUUCUGAUAAGAAGCCUGCCGCUGUCAACUGGAUUGAAGGAAGAGGCAAGUCAGUGGUGUGUGAGGCAAUCAUCAAGGGUGAUGUGGUGAGGAAAGUCUUGAAGACUAACGUGAAUACCUUGGUGGAACUUAAUAUGCUCAAGAACCUUACUGGUUCUGCCAUGGCUGGAGCUCUCGGAGGCUUCAACGCUCAUGCCAGUAACAUUGUUUCUGCUAUCUAUAUUGCCACUGGCCAAGAUCCUGCACAGAACGUGGAGAGUUCUCACUGCAUUACUAUGAUGGAACCUCUUAACGGCGGAGAGGAUCUUCAUGUCUCAGUCACUAUGCCUUCCAUUGAGGUUGGUACUGUUGGAGGAGGUACCCAGCUUGCAUCUCAAUCAGCAUGCUUGAACCUGCUCGGAGUGAAGGGUGCUUGCAAAGAGACACCUGGAGCCAACGCAAGGCUGCUAGCCAGCAUUGUAGCUGGUUCUGUUCUUGCUGGAGAGCUUUCCCUCAUGUCCGCUAUUGCAGCUGGACAACUUGUCCAAAGCCACAUGCAAUAUAACCGGGCAAACAAGGAUGUUGCCAAGGUUUCUUCAUAAAAUACGUGGAUGUAUAUAUCGAGGGCUGAAGGCAAGGAAGCCUCGGACGUGUAGAGAUCCAUAAGACGAGUCAUAUCAAUGAGGCACUUCAGAAGACACGGAGAGAAAGAGAGGGGAAUAGGAGAUUCAAAGGAAGAAAAUAAAUGGAGAUUAGAAUAGCUAGGCAAUGUUAAUGUGUAUUCUCCAUGACAGCCAUGUAAGAAAUAUUCAGCAAAUUGUGUAAAAUUAUCAAAACAUUUGUUUUUUCUUCAAA